AUGUUGCCGACUGAAGUAACUCCGCUAGUUAAGGAUGUGGUAACGCUACUGGUUGUCAUAGACGAAGCCAGCAGCAAGAGCAAAGUAUACAGCUUGCCCAAGGGCAAGGGCAAGCCCUCGCGCUUGCAACGUCUUUCUGGAAACUUCUGCAAAUUGUUCUUUGGUUGUUGCGGAGGCUUCUCUGCCAUCGUCUUCGCCAGUGGGUGGCUGUGUAAGGCAGCAGUACUGUCGGAUCGACUGCGUGAGGAUCCCAGUCAAAGCCAAAAGUUGCUAAAGCGAGGCAUUUCUGCCAGUAUUCUCAGCAUUGUGCCAAUGGAGCGUGGUUGUGGCUGCGCAAGGCAGCGGAUUUAUUGUUUUGGGGAGAAACCUUGUCGAGACGCUCUGCAUCGGGCGCUCGGCGAUAGAGUCCCUGAGGGGAGCUCCUGUGGACGUUUCAAGAGGAUCACCAUGGAUGAUUAAAAUUGUGACCAGUUUCUUCUUCAUUCGGAGUCGUCUCCUCGAGGGAUCACCAACGUGCCGUGAGGAGUUUCUACUGAGGAGGUGCCUCUGUGGCCCGUAGCUGAUUAGUGAUUGUGUGAAGAGGAACCGCAGUUCCAAAGCCGGUUUUAAUCCGUGAGGUCUUCUCCCUACCAGCCAUUAGGGAGCACCCAUGUCUCCGCCAUAGAGUCGCGUGUGUGCCUAUAAUAUUUGACCAGGAGAUUCCUGUUAGCCACAUUUUCGUUCGCUAGACUCCUGUAGAACAGGAAC